AUGAGGCGGGGCACUUUGCUGCUGCUUCUGCUUCUAGGGCUCUGGCCACAGAGACACAGACUGCACGAACUGGAGUUCACUCAGUUCACUCCAGCUUGGCAAGCGCGGAGACGCUUACGUGGACUUCGCAGCUUCUACGGCGAUUCUGUCCCCGUGCCCCCGCCAGGGCAUCCCGACUAUCCAGUCGGUGCUGAAGUCCAGCCGUUUGCCAACCAGAAUGGAGGUGUUGACGACACCAUUGCGCCACCACGCCUGUACAUGUACGGUCCAGCGGCAAGCCCGCUCGCGCGGAGCUACGCGGUGGACUGCAGUACAUGGCACACGUCCCCACCUGGGAGUGCGGAGAGGCAGCAACUGGUCGACCAGGUGUUGAUGGUGCUGCGAAAGAACGGCUUCGCCGUGCUGGAGGGCAUGGUCCCCGCAGAGGAGCAGCUGGCCAUGGAGGCGGCGGCGGUGCGCCACUUCGAGGGGCUGCCCAAGGGCUACUUCACCUCCCCGCUCCGCGCCGACCGAUCCCAGGUCCACGUGCCCUACGAGGAGCCGUGGAGCGCGGAGUGGCUGGUGCCCAACGACCUGGUGCUGCAGGUCACAGCCCGGUACGUGAUCAACAACAUGGCCUGCGGUCGCUCUGAGGAGGAGCAGCAGGCUGCCUGGUGCCAGUGGGUGACGCAGGGCUCUGACAUGGAUUGGUUCUACGCCGUGCCGCCUCAGCAAGGUCCCUUGGCUACCGACCCACCACAUGGCUGCACCUGUGUGGGGAAAGCCGAAGAGCUGGGGCCUUGGCUAGGACGGGUGAUGAUCACCAAGACCCCCAAGCAGUCGCCCCUGAUGACGCGUCACCGGGAUAUCAUUUUACCGGGCCCCUUCGCGCAACUGACUGUUGGAGUCCCGCUAACGCCCCUGGUAGCCAACAAUGGCCCCUUAGCGCUGCGGCCUGGGUCCCACCUGAUGGACAGCCCUGGCUACGAAGUGGUUACGAACAUUCCCCAUGGCUCCAUCAUGCUUUACGAUUCCUUUGUCGACCACCGGGCUGUGGAGCACCAUGGCGCAUCCGACCGUUACGUGCUUUACUACGAGUUCGAGACCAGGGGGAUCUUCACCGGCUACGUGGACGGCCACUUCGGGCAAGAGGCCUCCAAGUCCGAGCAUGACUUCCGGGAGGUCGUUGAUCCAGUCCUGCGCGAAUAUGUGGCGCAGCUUCAAGACCAGCAGGUUCUGAGGUAA